GUACAAUUUACACAAUUUACUUCUUCCAAAUUAUUAGAUCUAUAUUUAUAUUUAAUUUUUAACUUGACUCGUCUAAAUCCAGAUACAGGCAUAGAUCUAGAUCUCUAGUCUAAUGCUUUGUCUUCAGAAUGGGGCUGGAAGAUUUUCAGCAUAUAAAAAUAAUAGGAAAAGGUAGUUAUGGAGAAGUUUGGCUUGCAAGACACAAGAAAGACAAAAAACAGUAUGUCCUCAAAAAAAUGAACUUAGGGAAAGCUUCUAAGAGAGAGAGAAAAUCAGCAGAACAGGAAGCAAAACUGUUAUCCACUUUGAAACACCCGAACAUAGUCUCCUACAAAGACUCCUUUGAAUCAGACAAUGGAUUUCUUUACAUCGCAAUGCAGUACUGUGAGGGGGGUGAUCUCUAUGCUAGGCUGAAAGAACAACACUCUGUUCCCUUGGAAGAGAGGCAGGUGGUAGAAUGGUUUGUGCAGAUUGCUAUGGCAUUACAAUAUAUGCAUGAACGACACAUUUUACACAGAGACUUGAAAACGCAGAAUAUUUUUUAAACAAAAAAUAAAAUAAUUAAAGUUGGGGAUCUUGGCAUUGCAAGGGUUUUAGAUAAUGCAAGUGAUAUGGCUACAACUUUAAUAGGUACACCCUAUUAUAUGAGCCCUGAAUUAUUUUCAAAUAAACCAUAUAAUGAUAAGUCAGAUGUUUGGGCAUUAGGAUGUUGUGUCUAUGAAAUGACAACUUUAAAACAUGCAUUUAAUGCUAAAGACAUGAAUUCACUGGUUUACAAAAUACUUAAAGGAAAGACGCCGCCAAUGCCUCGUCAGUACAGUGAAGACCUUUUAUCAUUAAUGAGAAGUAUGCUACAUCAGAACCCUGAUAAAAGACCUACAGUCAACAGGAUUUUAAGAGACCCUUACAUUAAAAGAAAUAUUGCUUUGUUUCUGGAAGACACAAAGAAAAAUGCCAGAAGAAGUAGCAGUAGUCAAGUGAGCAGCACAAGAUCUGAAUCACGUUCUUCAUCCUUACCUACAUCAUCAUCUUCAUCGUCCCGACGCCCAACUUCAUCAUCUUCAUCUAAUGAUGUAUUAAAGCAAUCUGACACCCCUAUAAAAAAAGAAGUAACUUCUGACAAUGUGUUCAAAGAAAGAAAAUCCCAAGAUCAGGACCAGAAAAAAAGUUCUUCAAAUCUAGACUUUGUUGAUCUUGUACAGUCAAAUAAUUCCUCAAAAAGCAGUGUGAAACCUCUACCAACUCCUAAAGUAGCCAUCAGUUCUGGUCUACCUCAGCACAGUGAGAGUAAAAUGAAUGCUGUUUUACCAAGUGCUAGUAAAAUUUCAUCUUUGCAAAAGGAAAGUGCCAGCCAGUCAGGAAGUUUGUCCUCUUCUAAAGAAGAGUGUGACAGUUCAUCUUCUCCUAAAGAGAGUGCCAGUCAUUCACAAAGCUUAGCAUCUUCUAAAGACAGCAUCAGCCAAAGUCUCGAUGUAGACACUCCAAAAAGUCUGAUUAAUCUGUCUGCACGCCAGAGAAGAAGACAACAAAAAAAUGACACAGUGUCAUCUGUGGAGCCACCUGAUUCUGCUCAUAUAAAGUUAAGACACCCGCCACAUCGAGCUGAGUCAGAAAGAGUUACUACUGCUGAAAAAAAACUGAGUGUGUCAGAGGUGAAGAUAUCUGCUUCUAGGCAUCCGUCCAUCAAUGACAGCACCAGUAGUUCCUCCGAUGAUACCCUCAGGUCUGCUCCAGAAUUACCUCAGGAGGAGAAGGCACAGAGUAAAGAUAGCAAAGAGAUGAACAAAUUCCUGACAGUGCUAAACACAACAUUACAAAAAAUCUCAGUACACCAUGACUCUGAUGAAGAGACUCCAUCUGCUGAGAAUCAUGAGGAGGGAAGACAGAGCAUCAGGAAAUCUCUUUCAAUGCCAAGUGUUGAGACCCUGACCAACACAAGUCGUCUAAUGAAUAGAAUCAAAACGUUACACAAAGAUUGUAUAAAAGGUGUGGGCUACACUGUUUUAAAGAAAGCUUAUGAAAUUCUAGACAAAAUUGAUGAAGAUGAAGUGGAGCCCAAACUUGUGGACUUGUUAGGAAAAGACAAUUUCGAUGAAUAUGCAGGAAAAAUCUGGCAGCUGAAGUUUUGUGAAGAGUCUUUAUAUAUGUCAUAAAAAUAAUUCUACUUUUUGAUGUAUCUAUUUUUUUAUUUACUGGUAUACAUGUAUGAGCUGUGAUUGGUAAAUUAAAAAACACAAAUUUAC